UGACGACUCAUUCUCUUCUAAUGUCAGUCAGAGAAUGAUUUUCUCUGCUCCGAAAUCUGCAGAAUAGAAAGCGUAUGUUGUCGGUCAGCCUGGAAGAAAAUUUAACGAGCCUACCUUGUCAUGAGUGUUUUCUGUCGCUUACUCUCGAGAGGACUUCUCUGCGGACGGGCAACAUGUCGGUUUGUAACCGGACAGCAGGAUUUCAGCGGUGGCGUGCUGCGGAUGACUCGGGCGGUUGGCUCGACCAGCCCUGUGAACCUAACCUAUGACGUGUUUGACGGGACAGGGGACGGCACCCCCCUGGUGUUCCUCCAUGGGCUGUUUGGCAGCAAGUCCAACUUCCACUCUAUAGCCAAGUCCCUGGUGCAGAGGACAGGCCGAAAGGUGCUGACGGUCGACGCCCGUAACCACGGUACCAGCACACACAGCACCGAUCUGACCUAUGAGGCGAUGACCAAUGACUUGACGCACUUGCUUGCCCAGCUGCACAUCGGGAAGUGCGUCCUGAUUGGCCACAGCAUGGGGGGCAAGGUCGCCAUGACUACAGCCCUGUCGCAGCCUGGCCUGGUGGAGAGGUUGGUGGUGGUGGACAUCAGUCCAGCCCAGACCACCACCCGUACCAACUUCCACUCCUACAUCCAGGCCAUGAAGGAUGUGAAGAUCUCUAGCGACAUCCCUCGCUCGACCGCCCGCCGCAUGGCCGAGGACCAGCUACGCAAACUGGUCAAGGAGCGCUCAGUGCGCCAGUUCCUGCUGACCAACCUGGUGGAGCAGAACGGACACUACGCCUGGAGAGUCAAUCUGGACGCCAUUGCCGCACACCUUGAUGACAUCAUGAGCUUCCCUACCUUCGAAACCACAUACGAGGGCCCCACCCUCUUCCUGGGCGGAGCCAGUUCUGCCUACAUCAGUUCUGAGGACUAUCCAGAGAUCCAGCGGUUGUUCCCAUGUGCAGACAUCCAGUACAUCCCAGACGCCAGCCACUGGAUCCACGCAGACAAACCCCUGGACUUCAUCAGCUCCAUCAGCUCCUUCCUGCAGCCCUAACCUACCCUGCUCCAACCCUCUCCACCCACCACCACCUAAUUACUAAUCCUACCCUGCUCCAACCCUCUCCACCCACCACCACCUACUUACUAAUCCUACCCUGCUCCAACCCUCUCCACCCUCCACCACCUAAUUACUAAUCCUACCCUCUCCACCCUCCACCACCUAAUUACUAAUCCUACCCUGCUCCAACCCUCUCCACCCACCACCAGCUAAUUACUAAUCCUACCCUGCUCCAACCCUCUCCACCCUCCACCACCUAAUUACUAAUCCUACCCUGCUCCAACCCUCUCCACCCUCCACCACCUAAUUACUAAUCCUACCCUGCUCCAACCCUCUCCACCCUCCACCACCUAAUUACUAAUCCUACCCUGCUCCUACCCUCUCCACCCUCCACCACCUAAUUACUAAUCCUACCCUGCUCCUACCCUCUCCACCCUCCACCACCUAAUUACUAAUCCUACCCUGCUCCUACCCUCUCCACCCUCCACCACCUAAUUACUAAUCCUACCCUGCUCCUACCCUCUCCACCCUCCACCACCUAAUUACUAAUCCUACCCUCUCCCCCCUCCACCACCUAAUUACAGGACAACCGCUGGCCUUUAACAUUAUUCACACUAAUACGGCACAGCACAAAGCCACUGUUAUCCAAUGGCGGAAAAGAACACGCUCCAAAGGGCAUGCUGUGUUGCGAAGGCUCUGAGGGUGUCGGUCACUGCUGUUGCCUGCACUCGUCAAAGUUCAAAUAAUUGUUUGACCUUUCCAACGUAUGUGCGUGGUGUUCUCGCUCUGAGCAAAACGCCUUGUACGAAUAAUGUGAAAGGCCUGUUAGGCUCCGCCCACUCACACUGGGGUCCACCUCUUAAAACAGCCAGUAGGUAGAGCUUCAAACCAGAGGAGGCACAGCCAUCUUAGUAGACAAUGCUAAUAUUGCUAACCCUGGACCAAACUCUUUCUUUCCAUGCUGUUUAUCUUGCGCUUAAAGGAGCUGUAUGGAAAAUGCCCUUAAUUUAUCUAUAGUAAUAGUGGAAUGAGUGUUUCAUAUUUUGUUCCCCAAAAAAGGUUAUAGGGCUCACAAAAAAUUGCAUUCUAAUGGUGCAGCCUUCUUAUUGGUCAGUAAAAGAUGGACCAUCUCUUGUGAAAUUGACAACGAGUUACAUAUAGCUCCUUUAACCGCCAUAUUGUAAUCAAGGAUUUGUGUAAAUCCUGUAUUACCGUACUUAAUAGAUAUGUAAAUAUUAAGAAAAGUAGAUAGUUGGGUAGUAAGAGGUUGAGAUUAUAUUUAAAGUAGAUAGAUUGACAGUUUGUUUUUAAAUGAGGGAGUGUUUUUAGGUAUGAGUUACUAAUCCAAAGAUCCUCUCGUCAUUGUUGCACAGUACCAUUCUACUCUAAUCAGGUUGAUGUAAAUCAGCAUUGAAGAAAGGCUUUGAGCCAGGUCUUAUAUAGUCUAGUCUGGACAUGUUCUGUAUGUAUGUGGCUACGUCUCAAAUGGCACCCUGUAUCCCAUAUAGUGCACUAGUUUAAAGAUGCACUAUUUGGAAACUGCUGUGCCAUUUCCUGGUUGCAAAAAUUCUAAUAGCCUAAUUUCAGUUUGUGACAUACAGGAAAGUAUAGUGUGGAGAAUCAUUGUACCAUCUAAACUGCUGUGAAAUAAUCCAUAACCUAAAAUAUUGUAUUUUUUUAGCUGUUUGAAACUGGUGUUCAAAUCUGAAAGUAAAAGAUGCAAAAAUGUAACUUAAUCACGGGAAGCAUAGAAAUAGCGCACAUAGAACAGAUCUACCACUUCUUAGACUUGCUUUCAAUGAAAAUGACAGAUCUAUAACUUAAAUGUUUGUGAAUUUAGUCAGAUCGCCCAAAAUGUACAUAUUGCAGCUUUAAAAGCAGUGCACUAUGUAGGGAAUAGGGUGUCAUAACAGCCUUAAUAUAGUGCACUAUGUAGUCCAGGGAUGUCAAACUCAUUCCACUGAGUGCCUAGUGUCUGCAGGUUAAGACUUAGACAACCAGGUGAGUUCCUUACUAAUUAAUGACCUUAAUUCAUCAAUCAAGUACAAGGGAGGAGUGGCCCUCCGUGGAACGAGUUUGACACGUGUGACGUAGUGCAACAAGGAAAUAGGGUGUCUAAUUUGAGACAAUGUCUGAGAUACAUCGCAGUUCUAACCCUACAGUAUGGGGAAUAUGGUGUGAUCUCUAAAGCAGCCAGAUUGUGUCUCUGGGAUGGGUAGUCUAGAGGGGUGAUUCAGCAGGGAGCUUGGCAGAACAGAAAUAUAAUCUCGUUCUGUGGUUGGAACCCUGGUUGAUAAUGCUGGCCGAGAAGUGAAGCCUGGCCUAAAGACGAGCCAAGCGGAGAGAAUGUAAAGCACAGCUAAAGCAUUAUUUACAAAGCAUCUCGGAGUAGGAGUACUGAUCUAGGAUCAGUGUGCCCCUGUUUUUGCCUGAUGUUCGCUACAUACUUCAGUCUGACUGCCAUCAUUAACCAGGCAUGCUUCCAUCCAACCUUUUUUUUGAAUGCGAUUUAUAGUACGUGUCGGAUAAAAAAAAAUGCCACUAGCCUUGAUGGAAAAAGCUAAUUGGCCAGUGAACUUUCCAAAUGUCUAGCGUAUUUUGUUUAGUCUACAAGGUGGGAUCUUUUUGUCGUAAAAUGUAUUAUGCGAGAACUGGGGGUCCUUCCAUUACGACUCGGGAAAGCAUGCAGUUUAUUAGGCUUCAUAUGAAAUAAAUUAUGAGGAACUUCACAUGGUGGUGAAAGUGCAAGGGGAUUAGCUUGCUGCUGCUUUCCAAUAAAUAUUGAGGGUCUUAUUCUAGUGACAUGAUGAUCGAUGUUUGGCUGCCAUUUGACAAAUAAAAAUGAUCUUUCUCUUUAGUCCAUAAUAAUUUAAUCAUUCAGAACUGGUCGAUUUUUUUCAAGGCAUUCCUCGUCGAUCACCAAACAUUUCUGUAGAAAAUCCAACGUUAAGGGCUGUGAUAAAGGCUUGCGCUCCUUUUAAAUUCAUGUUGUGCUUUUGGCGAGAGGUGCACUUGAUUUGAGAAGCCCUGCGCACCGGGUAAGCAAAGUGUUCCCCAUUUUGAACCAUUUCAGUUGUCUGAAAAGUUCAACUGGGGCGACUGGGAGAUCUGUGGCUAAAUCGAAUGCGCCUACUUGGGUGGCCAAUCUGAUAUAUCAAAUCACAGUGCCUAAGGAGCUUCCAUGACCCCAGGCCAUAGCAAAGUUUGAUACUAGCCCAACUUAGAUGUAAUAACUUGUAAAACCAUGACCACAGAGAGGCUGUCAAAGAAUACAGCAAAGAGCCGCUCUUUUUUAGGAGCGAGUUCAUGUUUAAUAUGUAUUCAACACUAUGCUCUGCCUUGCAAGUGCUACACCAACUGAUCUAUUGUGUAAUCAAAUCUCAAGUUUUUAAAUAUUGCCAGGCCAGGCAUAUAGCCAAUAUGCUGUGUUAAUAUAUUAGGCCUACUGCACAAACCUCAUUCUUACAGGACUGCUUUUAUUGGGUUAAUGUUAAAUUUUCUUAAGUCAUGCUUAAAAAAUAAUAAUCAUGAGCGGUAUCUCGUGUUGCAUUUUGACUGCGAAAGUGAUCUUGACUCAAAGGUUGGUGACCACUGAUCUGAGCUGUUGACUAAAGUGCACAAGCCAAUACCAGAGUGGCCACAUUCGCUAUAUAACGCAAAAAAAAAAAUGUGACAAAACCAUCAGUAGGCCUGGAGUUGAAGGUGCCAUGGAAACCCAUUUAACUUUUUUAUUGGGUAUAUGUGAAUCCACAAAAGGUAUUUUUAUGUGCACUACGUCAUCACGCACGGCCUUUUAUCCACAACAAGUCCAUUUGAUGGAAACUCAUCUCUGCAGAUUUUUAAAAUAUUCACGUGAAAAUCUGUCGCCAAUUGGAUGGAAACCAAGCUAUUGAAGUCGUUUGCGGUGAUGUCAAAGAGGGGUGUUGUACAAAACAAAGUAAUCAGAGAUUGGCUCAUCUCUUAACUAAUCAAACCUCUGCUUUAACAGUGUGUGUGUGUGUUCUGGCUCUGGCCCAACCCAUCUGUUUCUGGGACCAAUCAGAACAGUUAGAAUGGUUUUCUGUUCUAGAAAUCGUUGUGGAAGUACUCAAAUUUAGACUCAUUGCGGAGAAGCAAUUAACAAUUUAACACCCGUGGGUGUGGUGUAGCGUUUGGCUGGAGCAAGGUGCUUGGGUAGCCAGGCAACCCCGGGAGGGGGGGAGAGUGUAUGUGUAUAUAUCAGCACUCCUAAUCCUACAAUGCUUUAUGAAUAUGGGCCCUAAUUGUUUUAUAUUAGAAGUCUGGACUAAAGACAGGACCUCUCAAGCAAAGGGAAUGUAAAGUACAACUGCAGCGCUGAACCAUAGAUUAGGGUGCUGAUCUAGGAUCAGUUUUUCCUUUUUAGAUCAUAGUGAAUAACGUAUGAACAAAGGGUGAACCUGAUCCUAGAUGAGCACUCAUGAAUAAGUGCUCUGGUUCUGUCUGAACUGACAUGUGGAUUUAGCACCUGAUGUCAGUGAAGGAACAUCUACGGCUCCCCAGAGAGAUCGGUUGCUGUUGUGUUGCUGUGUGCAAUCACUUUUAUACAUGGUGUGUUUUGUGUGCGGUAUGUUACUAAGCCUGUGAGAAUUAGCCAGAAAGGAGAACAAAGUUGUAAAAUGAUUGUUACCGAAUGGAAUAAGACA